AUGACGGUGGGUGACUCGCGGACGGGCGGUGGUCGCAGGCAGUUCAUUUCUGAGCCACGUGGCUCGCUCCUCAUCGCCGGGAAACAACAGCCAUUGCGACCCAGUAGCAUGGCGGUAGACGGCGGAAUUUACGGCGGCGGCGUCGGCGGCGGCAGCGGUGGCGCCAGCACGACGUCGACGCGAGCUAUUUGCAGUAGCCCGCGUGUCGUUGAAGGGCAGGCGUAUGAGUGGCGGCAAUCGUCCACGUCAGCAUUGCACGUCGCAUCCUCCGCAGCGUCCACGUCAUCCGUUGACACGAGAGGAAUUCGCGACGUGGCAGGCGUGCUGCCCCCGCGGGAAACGGCCCGCGUCUCCAGCAGGGGGUCGCAAGUAGAAGUCCCCCCCGCCAUGAGCUCCUCCGCCUUCUCCGCGUGUCUGCUGCGCUCGUCCUUCGCCUAUUACAGCGCGCCCUUCACCACCGCGCCUGUGCCAAGCGCGCCACUGGCUAUUCCGCCACCCACGCCAGCGGCGGUGAGACGAGGGGGAGGGGGGAGAUGGGAGGGGACAGGGCAAGAGGGUGUGAGUAGACCCGUGGAGUGGUGUAGGGAGGGUAGGUGUGCAUGUGCGUCUGCGUGCCGGCUGUGCGUGCGUGUGUGCGUGCGUGUGUGCGUGCGCGUGUGUGUGCGUGUGUGCGUGCGUGCGUGUGUGCGUGUGUGCGUGCGUGCGUGCGUGCGUGCGUGCGUGCGUGCGUGCGUGCGUGCGUGCGUGCGUGGGUGCGUGCGUGCGUGGGUGGCUCAACAGGUCCCAGCCCAAAUUUCGAGGACUGCUGUGUGCUGGAGUCAUGAUGGGGUGGCAAGCCAGGGAACAAAGGAGAGCGAUGGGAUUGAUGGAACGGGAAGGGGGGACGGGAGAUUGAUGCAAGAGACGGGAGGGAAAGAGGAGGAGGAGGAUGUUAUGAGGAGAGAGAGGGGAGGUAUGAUGUACGGCAGGGAAAGGUCAAGGGAUGGGGGAGUGGUGGUGGUGGGGAGCGAGGUAUUGCAGUGUGGGGAUGUAAUAAUGGGAUUGCAAAAGAGUGAGGGGGAGUGGGGAGCGGGGAGAGGGAGUGGUUGCACGCAUGCGAGGGGUUGGCGAGGCGUUGCAGGGAGGGGAGAGCGAGUGCGGUUGCAGCAGGGGAAAGUGGGCAUGCACAGUGAGAAGGGUGGCUUGUGGGAAGGUGGGGGAGGAGGUGGGGAUGAGAGUGAACUUUUGAGGUGCCUCAAAAGUGGGGAUGAGAGUGGGGAGAAGGGUUCGGAGGUUGAGGAGAGAGGUGACCAGCAGGGGGCCAUGCAGGCAGGAGCUUGUUUAACUGCCUCUGCCUCUGCCUCUGCCUUGGCUUCUACCUCUCUAUCUACUGCUAUCGCCACCCCUAUAUUGUGCUGGAUAGGAGAGCAUGGCAGGGAAGGGGAUGAACAGCAUGAGCAGCAGAGGGGUGAGGAGGAUAGGUCUUGCGAUGGGGUUGUGAACCAGGGUGCUGCUGCGGAAGAGUGGCAAGCGAGGGAGGGCAUCUCUGAAGCUCACCAGGGCUGGACUGCAGGGGGGCUCGGUAACCAAGGCGGGCCAUUCAUGCCAUGCAAGCAGCUGCCUGGUGCUUGCAGCAUGGGCAGUGCCAGUGCGCCCACAGCAGCCGUGGUGUCCGUGCAGCAGCGAGUUUCCACAGACCCACACUCCAUGUCUUCUCCUUGUGAUGUGUUGGGAGCGGCAGCAGCAGCAGCAGCAGCAGCAGCAGCUGUGCCGUACAGUGUUGCGCUCAAUUCGAGGGGCCUGCCUCUACGUCCUGAGAGGCCUGACUGCUCGUUCUACCUCAAGAGUGGAAAUUGUCGCUAUGGCACGGCAUGCAAGUUCAACCACCCCCACAUGGCUCGCCACCACCGGGCCUUCCUCCCUCCCC